AUGUCUAUAAAUGUGGACGACGACGAAACGAGAAGGCUUCUUCAAUAUGGAGCAUCAGAAAAUGAACCGUACGUCCAGACUCAAAAACAUGUCCCUCCACAUAAAGGAUAUGGAGCCAGACACACCCUUAGCAUCCUUGCAUUUUUCGGAUGUUUUAACUCGUACGCGAUGCGAUUCAAUCUUAGUGUUGCUAUGGUUGCAAUGGCAAACCACACAGAUACUCAAACAAAUUCAAAUCUGACAACGGGAUGUCCGAAGAUGAAUCAAUCCAAAAUUGUGAAUCAGGCUGUUGAGUUUGAUUGGGACGAAGCCACACAGGGGUUUAUAUUAAGCUCAUUUUUCUAUGGAUAUGUCGCUACACAGAUACCUGGGGGUUGGCUAGCAGGUAAAUUUGGCGGGAAACAACUUUUUGGUCUCAGUGUCCUCAUUCCAGGGAUUCUAACCAUCUUCACCCCUUUGGUAACUAAGCUUGGUGCAGACGCACUUAUCGUUACAAGAGUUUUAGAGGGACUAGCUGAGGGUUUGACUUUCCCAGCACUGGCCACUAUGCUAGGACAUUGGGUACCAGAAAUGGAAAGGACGAUAAUUCCAACAUUUAUCUUUACAGGAUGCAGUUUGGGAAAUGUUGUGUGCCUACCCCUAGUAGGAUAUUUAUCAACGUCGAAAGCAAUCGGCGGAUGGCCCUCAAGUUUCUACAUAUUUGGUGGUUUCGCCUGUGUCUGGUACCUGUUCUGGCAGUUCCUUGUGUAUGAUACCCCAGGGAGUCAUCCUACCAUAUCCAAGGCAGAACGGAAUUAUAUACACAGCAGUACUGGUGUCACUACAGCGAGCAGAAAGUCGAACAAAGUUUAUAAUGUCCCAUGGAAAGCUAUACUGACAUCACCAGCGGUAUGGUCCAUAGUUGUCUUAAAUUUCACCACGUCAUGGGGAUAUUACGUCACGUUGACCUCAGUCCCUACUUACAUGAACAAAAUACAGAAUUACGAUAUUGCACAGGAUGGACUGUUGGUGGCUCUCCCAGACCUCAUCAAUCUUAUUCUCGGACUUCUCACUAGCUGGAUGUCUGACUUCAUACGUCAAAGACAGUACUUGUCAACAGUAGUUGUCCGCAAACUGACCACUGUGAUUGGACUUGCAUCAGCAGCAGCAUUACUUCCAUUCAUCACUCUGGCCGGCUGUAACCAUGUGGUAGUAGUGAUGCUAAUUGUUGUAGGAAACGGAAUGCUGGGAGUUUCGUGGACAGGCCUGGGAUCUAACAUAUAUGACAUCGGCCAUAACUACGCAGGUACAUUAUCUGGAAUCUCUAAUUUAUUUGGAAAUACUCCAGGGAUAAUAGCACCUUACGCUGUUGGCCUUAUUACGAAUAAUCAGGAAACCAUGGCGAGAUGGGAGAUAGUGUUUUACAUAUCCAUGGUUUUCUAUUUGCUUGGACUCAUCACCUAUCUCAUAUUUGGCAAAGCAACAGAACAACCGUGGAACAGGUCUGCAAAUGAAACGAUCGUCGAUAAAGAAAAAGAAAAAAAUCAGAAUACAAUCAAAUUAUGA